ACUGAAAAUGCAAACUGCGUGAAAAUUCACACACACCCCAGAAGCACAUAUAUAUAAAUAAUAGAUAGAGAGAGAUUCCGGCAACUUCGGAGGAUCGCCGGCAACUUUUCCGAUCUUAUCAUUGGCUCACAGAUUCGCGCCAAAAAUCAAUUCACCAUUCACCUCUGCAAAAUUCUCGCCUCCUUUUUUUAAAAUCAAGAAAAUAGGGAAUUUAUAUACAUACAGGAAAAAAAGCCAAAUUUAUAUAGAUAAGUACAGUUAUGUGGGACAGAGAGGUGCAGAGCUAAAGGGGGUAGGUGGGUGGUUGAUUUGAACGUUGGGAUCGGAAAGUGGGUUUUAGGAAACUACAGGGGUUUCCACUGAAAUUAAACUUUCUUUACUCAUUUUCUUGAUGAUGGGGUUUUGUAAUUUUUUUUAAGUUUUUUGUCUUUUAAUCAAGAAAAUUUCAGGUGGGUUUCAUCAAUUUUGAGAGAAAAUAGUCUUUUCUGUGUGUGAAUCUGCAUGCAGUCAGGGGGUGGAGCUCAGCAAGGGGGUGGUGUCGCCGGACAUGGGCGGAGCACGGCGGCAUCAGCCUCAGCUUCUCCUUCAUCAUCUUCUUCUGCCUCUCAUAUGGGGUUGGAUCAGCAGCAGCAGCAGCAGUUGCAUCAACAUCAACAGCAACAACAACGCCAGUCAUUGCAACAACAGUUCCUUAGAAGGCCUGAAGGAAAUGAAGCUAUUCUUGCCUUCCAGACUGGCAAUGCCCAUGGAAUGUUAGGUGGGGGUAAUUUUGUUGGACCUUCUGGAUCCAUGCAGCUGCCUCAGCAGUCGAGGAGGUAUAUUGAUUUGGGUCAACAACAUGGUUCUCCCACCAUUCGAGAAGAUGGCCAGAACAGGAGCCAGGGCUUUGAGCAACAGAUGCUGAAUCCCGUCCAACAGGCAUACUUGCAGUAUGCUUACCAGGCAGCCCAACAAAAGUCAGCUCUUGGGAUGCAACAUCAGCAGCAAAUGAAAAUGGGAAUGUUUGGCCCUCCUGCAAAGGACCAAGAUCCUAGAAUUGCUAAUAUGAAAGAACUUGUUGCCAUGCAGGCAUCAAACCAGGCCCAGGCAUCAUCAUCAAAGAUAUCCUCAGAACAUUUCUCUCGUGGUGAGAAACAAUCUGAUCAGGGCCAGCAGUUGAUGGCCGAUCAGAGAACAGAUCCGAAGCUUCCUUCCCAGCCAACAUUGCUUGGCCAAGCAGUAGCUACGAAGCCCAUGCAGGCUCCACCAUCUCAGCAAAGCAUGGCGAACAUGACAAGUAACUCUCUUGCUAUGGCUGCGCAGAUGCAAGCAAUGCAGGCUCUGGCACUUGAACGUAAUGUUGAUCUGUCACUACCUGCAAAUGCGAACAUUAUGGCACAGCUAAUUCCGCUCAUGCAGUCCAGAAUGAUGAUGGCCCAGCAGAAAGUGCCUGAUGGCAAUGUGCCUGUUCAAUCUUCAUCAGGUCAUACGCCAAAGCAGCAAGUUUCAUCACCUCAAAUUGCAAACGAAAACUCGCCUCAUGCUCAUUCUUCAAGUGAUGUGUCGGGCUCAAGUUCUGCUAAAACUAGGCAGACUGUUACAACUGGUCCUCUCGGUGUGACACAUAACAUCGCUUCAAUUAAUAACUCAAAUAAUAUAGUCCAGCAGCAGUUUUCUGCUCAAGGUAGAGAGAACAAUUUGCCUUCUAGACAACCAAUUACGGUUAGCAGUGGAUUGCCUCCCAUGCAAUACCCACAGUCAUCUAUAAACCCGAACCAGGGUGUGGAUAACACCUUCCCACCUAAACCUGCCUCAACUGCCCAAGAAACCUUGCAGACGCAGUAUGGCAGGCAAUUGAGUCGACCUUCACCACAUUCUGCAGCUUCUUCUCCAGAUGGGAAUUUGGGGAAUUCCCUUGCAUCUCAGGGUGGAAAUGUCCGUCAAGUGCAAAAACAACAUCUGGGGUUCAGUAAGCAGCAACUGCAUGUUCUUAAAGCCCAGAUACUUGCAUUUAGACGUCUAAAGAAAGGAGAUGGGACAUUACCGCGUGAGUUACUCCAAGCUAUUAUUCCACCACCUCUAGACGUGCAAACGCAGCAAACGUUUCCUCCUGGUGGUACAUCGAAUCAGGAGAAGUCAUCGGGAAAAAGCUCAGAAGAUAACUCAAGACGCCCGGAACCAAGUGAGAAGGGUCCCCAGCUUGUAGUACCAUCANAGUCUGCAAAUGCUGCUGCAGCUGCUGCACGAGCACAGGGCCUCUCUGAAGAAGAAGUAAGAUCUGCGGCAGCCUGUGCUCGGGAGGAAGUCAUGAUAAGGAAUCGUUUCUCUGAAAUGAAUGCACCCAGAAAUGGUUCAUCAGUUAACAAGUAUUACCAUCUUGCCCAUGCUGUGAAUGAAAGGGUUAUUAGGCAGCCUUCUAUGUUACGAGCUGGAACUUUGCGAGACUAUCAGCUGGUGGGGUUGCAGUGGAUGCUUUCUUUGUAUAAUAAUAAGCUAAAUGGUAUUUUGGCUGAUGAGAUGGGUCUGGGGAAGACUGUGCAGGUUAUGGCAUUAAUUGCUUACUUGAUGGAAUUCAAACAAAACUAUGGACCACAUCUUAUAAUUGUGCCAAAUGCCGUUCUAGUUAAUUGGAAGAGUGAGUUUCUCAAUUGGCUUCCAUCUGUGUCCUGCAUCUUCUAUGUUGGUGGGAAGGAUCAAAGAUCCAAGUUAUUUUCACAGGAAGUUUGUGCGAUGAAAUUUAAUGUUCUCGUCACUACGUACGAGUUCAUCAUGUAUGAUCGUUCUAAACUUUCAAAAGUCGAUUGGAAGUAUAUAAUAAUUGAUGAAGCACAACGUAUGAAGGACAGAGAAUCAGUUCUUGCUCGUGAUCUUGACAGAUAUCGAUGCCAAAGGCGUUUGCUUCUCACGGGGACACCAUUGCAGAAUGAUUUGAAGGAACUAUGGUCACUUCUAAAUCUACUGCUUCCAGAAGUAUUUGAUAAUCGCAAAGCAUUUCAUGAUUGGUUCUCCAAGCCGUUUCAAAAAGAAGGUCCGACACACAAUGCUGAGGAUGACUGGCUUGAGACUGAGAAGAAGGUCAUUAUUAUCCAUCGACUUCACCAAAUUCUCGAGCCUUUCAUGCUCAGGCGUCGUGUUGAAGAUGUUGAAGGUUCACUUCCACCCAAGGUCUCAGUUGUCUUAAGAUGCAGGAUGUCAGCUUUUCAGAGUGCUGUUUACGACUGGAUCAAGUCUACUGGUUCACUUAGAGUUGACCCUGAAGAUGAGGAGCGAAGGGCUGAAAAAAAUCCAAAUUACCAGCCUAAAACAUAUAAAGUUUUAAAUAAUAGAUGUAUGGAGCUUCGAAAAGCUUGCAACCAUCCUUUGCUUAACUAUCCAUAUCUCAAUGUUACAAAGGACUUUCUUGUUAAAUCAUGUGGUAAAUUGUGGAUUCUUGAUCGGAUCUUAAUUAAACUUCAAAGAACAGGGCACAGGGUGCUGCUUUUCAGUACCAUGACAAAGCUGCUUGAUAUCUUGGAGGAGUAUUUGCAGUGGCGACGACUCGUCUACAGAAGAAUUGACGGGACAACGAGCUUAGAGGAUCGUGAAUCAGCUAUUGUGGAUUUUAAUAGUCCAGAUACUGAUUGCUUUAUCUUCUUGCUAAGCAUUCGUGCUGCUGGGCGUGGAUUGAAUCUUCAGACUGCUGACACUGUGAUCAUCUAUGAUCCUGAUCCAAACCCCAAAAAUGAGGAACAGGCAGUUGCUAGAGCCCAUCGUAUAGGACAGAAAAGAGAAGUGAAAGUCAUAUACAUGGAGGCAGUUGUUGACAAAAUUGCAAGUCAUCAGAAAGAGGAUGAAUUCCGUGCUGGAGGUGCAGUUGAUUCUGAUGAUGACCUCGCAGGCAAGGACCGGUAUAUGGGAUCUAUUGAGAGUCUCAUUCGGAAUAAUAUUCAACAGUAUAAGAUUGACAUGGCUGAUGAAGUUAUAAAUGCUGGGCGUUUUGACCAAAGGACUACACAUGAAGAGCGGCGUUUGACUUUAGAAACGUUAUUACAUGACGAGGAGAGAUAUCAAGAGACACUUCAUGAUGUUCCCUCUCUUCAGGAGGUAAAUCGCAUGAUUGCUAGGAGUGAAGAAGAGGUAGAACAAUUUGAUCAAAUGGAUGAAGAAUUUGAUUGGGAAGAGGAGAUGACUAGAUAUGACCAGGUUCCAAAGUGGCUUCGUGCUACCAGUAAGGAAGUUAAUGGGGCCAUUGCCAAUUUAGCAAAAAAGCCCUCAAAGAAUGUCUUAUUUAGUAGUGGUACUGGCAUGGACUCCAGUGGAGCUCCUGAAUCUGAGAAGAAAAGGGGGCGCCCCAAAAGUAAGAAGGUUCCUAUUUACACAGAAUUGGACGAUGACUUCUCUGAAGCAAGCUCUGAGGAGAGGAACGGAUAUUCAGCCCAUGAAGAAGGAGAAAUUGGGGAAUUCGAAGAUGAUGAAUUUAGUGGUGCUGUUGGUGUUACACCAGUUAACAAAGACCAAUCAGAAGAAGAUGUUCCAAGUUAUGCUGAUAGAUAUGAAUACCACCAAGGUCCACAAGGUGCUAUAAAGACUCUUGUACCUGAUCAACAAGUGGGUUCAUCAGGAUCAUCUUCAGACAGCCAAAAACCGAUACCAAUAGUAUCCUCGUCUGUGUCAUCUCAGCAGAAGUUUGGAUCCCUUUCAGCAUUAGAUGCCAGGCCCGGUUCUCGGGCCAAACGGAUGGCAGAUGAAUUAGAGGAAGGAGAAAUUGCAGUAUCUGGAGACUCACAUGUGGAUCUCCAGCUGUCUGGUAGUUGGAUCCAAGAUCGUGAUGAAGGCGAAGAAGAACAGGUGUUGCAGCCCAAAAUAAAAAGGAAACGCAGUUUGAGGGUUCGACCAAGGCAUGCUGCAGAAAGGCCAGAAGAGACGCUCAUUGAGAAGCCAGCUGUGCAGCGUGGAGAUUCUUCUCAGAUGGCACUUCAAGGGGAUUGUAGAUAUGAUCUUCAAGUGAGAAAUGAUCGUGGACACAAAGCGCAUGCAGAGCCUAGUGCUUUAAAGCAUGGUCAAGGUGAUGCAUCCUUGAAGAGUAAGCGAAGCAUACCCUCGAGGAAAUCUUCUAAUUCAGUGAAGAUUCAUGGUUCAGGAAAACCUGGAAAAGUCAGUUGCUUGUCUCCUGAUGAUUCCUUUGAACCCACAAGAGAAAGUUGGGAUAAUAAGCCCAGCGGGACUUAUAGUGGAGGGAGUAAGAUGUCUGAGGUCAUUCAAAGAAAGUGCAAGACUGUCACUAUCAAGCUCCAAAAGAAAAUAGAGAAGGGUGGCCAUCAAAUAAUUCCACUGCUACAUGGUCUGUGGAACAGAAUUGAAAGUUCUGAUUGCAUAGGUGGGGCUGACGAUAGUGCAUUUGGUUUACAGACAAUUGAUAUGCGUGUUGAUGAGUCUGAGUACAGUGGAGUGCUCGAAUUUGUGUCUGAUGUGCAGCUGAUGUUAAAACGCGCAGUGCAAUACUUUGGUUUCUCGCAUGAGGUGAGAUCUGAAGCAAGGAAAGUGCAUGAUCUUUUCUUUGACAUCUUGAAGAUAGAAUUUCCAGAGACCGACUUUCGAGAAGCAAGGAAUUCUAUCUCUUUUGCUGGACCUGCAGCUAGUACUACACCCGGCGCAUCUUCAAGGCAGAUGCCUGUAGGUCAGAACAAGAGACAUAAACUGAUAAAUGAAAUGGAACCUGACCCUAGCCCGCUACAGAAACCAAAGACACGUGGAGCACUCCAUGCCGGUGAAGAUGCCAAGGCUAAGAAUCAUACGGCUCAAAGAGAAACAAGAUUUGGUGGUAGCAGCGGCCGGGAGCUUAGCCAACAGGAUGAUUCGCGCUCGUUCACUCAUCCGGGGGAGCUUGUUAUUUGCAAGAAGAAGAGAAAAGAUAGAGAGAAGUUGGGUAUGAAACCUGGGAGUAGUUCUGCUGGUCCUGUCUCACCACCUAGUGUCCCCCGCAGUAUCAGAAGUCCAGGCUCGCUCCCAACUGUGAAGGAGGGGGGAAGGUUAAACCAGCAGACACCACCACCCCAAAAUCAGUUGAAUGGCAGUGGUAGCAACAGCUCUGUUGGCUGGGCAAACCCUGUGAAGAGGCUGAGAUCAGAUUCUGCAAGAAGGCGGCAAAGUCAUUUAUGAUUAUAGUUGUUAAAGGUGUACAAUGUAAUGCAACAAGUAAUAGCUGAUGAUACUCUAUUGAGGUGCUGUGAAUAACCGGCCCUUCUGAUUUUCAUACCUCCUGAGCUGUGUACUUCCUCCAUUCCAUCCCCAGCCUCACUUGUAUGAUAAAUAUGCUAUUGAAGAUAGGCUUCUUACUGUCCACCACUGGCAACUGCUUGUCUGAGAUUUUUCUUUUUCUUCUUGUUCCUCCUCUUUUCUUUUUCUAUUUUUUUAGAAACAGUUGAGUGCUAGAUUAUGGAAAACUGCCAAAAGGUGCUCGCCUAUUUACCUGCA